CCGCUCCCGCCGCUCCCGGCUGCGGGGCUCGGAGGCAGCGGGGCCGUGCCCCAGCCAUGGCCGGGCGUGGAGCGGGGCUGUGGGGCUGCGGCCGCUCCACCCUGCUGCUCCUGCUCCUGCUCCUGCUCAGCGGUCUCUGCGCGCCCCUGCUCGCCCAGCCCGGAGUCCCGCAGGCGGGUGUGUCUGAACCUUCUUUCAUUGCCAAAAGUGAGGAUCGUUUGUUCAAGCACUUAUUUGAAGACUACCAGAGGUGGGUCCGUCCAGUGGAGCGCUUGAAUGACACAAUCAAAAUCAAGUUUGGCCUUGCAAUCUCUCAGCUGGUGGAUGUGGAUGAGAAAAAUCAACUGAUGACAACAAAUGUGUGGUUGAAACAGGAAUGGAUAGAUGUGAAAUUAAGGUGGAAUCCUGAAGACUAUGCUGGAAUAACAUCUAUCCGUGUCCCAUCAGAUUCCAUUUGGAUUCCAGAUAUUGUGCUGUAUGACAAUGCAGAUGGACGUUUUGAGGGAACAUCUACAAAAACUGUGGUUAAAUAUGAUGGCACCAUUGCUUGGACUCCACCAGCAAACUAUAAAAGUUCCUGUACUAUUGAUGUAACCUUCUUCCCCUUUGACCUCCAGAAUUGCUCAAUGAAAUUUGGGUCCUGGACUUAUGAUGGCUCACAGGUUGACCUAAUUCUCGAAGAUUAUGAUGUUGACAAAAGAGAUUUUUUUGAUAACGGAGAAUGGGAAAUAGUGACUGCAACGGGGAGCAAGGGAAACAGGACUGAUGGCUGCUGCUGGUAUCCUUUUGUUACAUAUUCAUUUAUAAUUAGACGUUUGCCCCUUUUUUACACCUUGUUUCUCAUCAUCCCUUGUAUUGGACUUUCGUUUCUCACCGUCCUGGUCUUCUACCUGCCUUCAAACGAAGGCGAAAAAAUUUCACUUUGCACUUCAGUACUGGUCUCUCUGACUGUUUUUCUUCUUGUUAUUGAAGAAAUUAUUCCCUCAUCUUCCAAAGUUAUCCCACUCAUCGGAGAGUACUUGGUGUUCACUAUGAUAUUUGUGACCUUGUCCAUCGUAAUAACCGUCUUUGCCAUCAACAUCCACCACCGCUCCUCGUCCACGCACAACGCGAUGGCGCCUUGGGUUCGCAAGAUCUUUCUUCACAAACUGCCCAAGCUGCUGUGCAUGAGGAGUCACGUGGACAGGUACUUUGCCCAGAAGGAGGAAACAGGAAACGUGAACGGCUCGGAAUCCUCGAGGAACACCUUGGAGGCGGCUCUGGAUUCCAUCCGCUACAUCACGAGGCACGUCAUGAAGGAGAACGAAGUUCGUGAGGUUGUUGAAGACUGGAAAUACAUUGCUCAGGUGCUUGAUCGAAUGUUCUUAUGGGCUUUUCUCCUGGUUUCAAUCAUUGGAUCACUUGUGUUGUUUAUUCCUGUUAUUCAUAAGUGGGCAAGUAUAAUAGUACCUACACAUAUAGGCAGUACAAAUGCAUAAAAGGUUUUUGGAGCUGUCUCCUGCUAAUAUGGCUCCAAAGAGUUUUGCAGUAGCUCUGUUUCCAUGCUCGUUCUUUGUAGGCAUGUUUCUGAUAGAGUGAAAAAAAAAACCAUUCCAAAACUAGGAAAUUAGGAUUAUAUUAAAGCAUGGCAUUCCUAGGACACAUAGAAGUCAAUUUGCUUAUUGCCAGUCUACUAAGUUACUUCUAAGCCAGGUCAGAAUUAAAAGAACUUUCUCAAGCACUUGCAUGUAUGAUAUAUGAAAAAAGCAUACACUGACACCUACUGCAAAAUAGAAGGAUUUAAAUUUUUUUAAUGAUGAUCACUGUAGUCCAAUUAUUAAAUUACUAUAUCAAUUGUUAUACAGAGUAUUAUAUUUGCAGUUACACAGUGGAGUUGCUUAUUUCGAUUUACUAUAGUAUAAAAAGGAGAAUUUUUAUCAGCUCUCUUUAAUGUGCUGUAAAAGUAAUUUAAAAUAAUAGAAAAAAUGCAAGUUAAACUUCCUGCAUGUCCAAUAUACAACUGAAAAUAGUGAUUUGGCCAUGUUUUGCCUCUAUAAAUUUUCAGUGGAAUUUGCUGCUAAAUUGUAGAUCUUGUCAGUUCUAUGAUACUAACAUGAACAUUCAAUAAGCCUUAAAAUGCCUCAAGCACAUGUGUACAUUGAUGUCUCCAUCAACUUUGGAAAGGAAGGCAAAGACAGUUAAAUGAGUUCCCAAGUUGCACAAGGGCUGGAACAUUCAGGUUUCUUUAUCCUUGAUGAAGAAUUUGAUACAGUUUGUAACUUGCAAACUUGUUAACUGUUUCCUGCCUUUGCGUGUUUCUCAGAAUUAAGUUUUUAAGCAGAGGUUUUUAAUUUUUUAAUUUUAAGGAAUCUGGGGGAAUGUCUUUCUGAAGGAAAGGUUAUUGAAUUAUUAUGCCAUGGAACCAGAUACAGAUGAUUAAGUUUUCACACAUUUGUUAAACUGAACUUAAGAGAGCUGCCUUGAGUAGGUUCUCUUGCUUAUAAACCCACAUGUAACUCUAAGCAGCAAGGACUUACAGCUUUCCAGUCUUUCUUUUUCCUGAGAUUGCUGAAAACAAACUUGCAAGUUUUCAAUUAUUCCAUUAAAAUCUGUUCUUUACAUUGA